CCGAGCCCCCGGUCGGCCGCUUCCGACGUGGCGGCCGCUGCUCCGAAGCCUCCGCCCGGAUUGCCUCGUGCGGCCGUUCGCGGCUCAUGGCUCAGCCCCGGACAGCAGCCAGUCUCCGCUGAGUCCAGCUCCAUCCGGCGACGACGCCUCGGGCAGACACGUGUGACAGAACUCCGUGAGCCCCGGGCCCCAUCUCCUUCUCCACCAUGUUGGCCUGUCUGCAGCGGACUCAGAACCCACCCCCUCAGCACCUCCCCUGCCCCAACAAGACCCUGGAGCUCCGAAAGUGCGAGCCGGUGAGCUCCAUGCAUUCCCCGCGGUACCCGAGCCCAGCCGAGUUGGACGCCUACGCCCAGAAGGUGGCCAACAGCCCCCUCAGCAUCAAGAUCUUCCCCACCAACAUCCGCGUCCCGCAGCACAAACACCUGAGCCGCACCGUCAAUGGGUACGACACGACGGGCCAGCGCUACAGCCCCUACCCGCUGCACGCCGGCGGCUACCAGGGCCUGUUGGCCAUAGUCAAGGCCGCGGUGUCCUCCUCCUCCGGCUCCGGCUCGGCCCCCGCCGCCGCCGCCUCCUCCUCUUCCUCCUCCAGCAAAGGCGUGGUCAAGAGCGUGGAGGGCAAGCGGACGAAGCUGUCGCCUGCGGCUGUGCAGGUGGGCAUCGCGCCCUACCCCGUGUCGAGCACUUUAGGCCCCGGCGCCGUCCCCUUGGGCUACCACGGAGGGCAGAAGGCCCUGGAGGGGCCCGUCCCGCCCCCUAACGUCACGGUGGCGGCCUCGGUCAUCCCUCUGGCCGGGCGCGGGCUGGCGCUGCCGCCAUCCAACCUGCCCUCCAUCCAGAGCAUCAUCUACCAGGUCAACCAGCAGUGCCAGGCGCCGGGCUCGCAGCCGGCCUGCCAGGGGGUAGCGGGCGCUCACCCCAGCCCGGCCAAGCGCGCCGCGGCCGCCACGCCCGCGGGCUUCCCGGCCAUGGCCGGCUCCACCAUGGCCUACGUCAGCGCCAUGUUACCCGACUGUCGCAAGGGGGCCGAGCUGGUGGUGGGGGCCACGCCGGCCAUGGCCCUGGGGGGCCUCAAGCCCGCCGGCUACCCGGACGCGGGCGGGGCCGGCCUGGACUACUUAAUCUGGCCGCAGAAGCCUCCGCCGCAGCAGCAGCAACUCCGGCUGUACAGCGGCGGCAGCGGCGGGGGAGGGGCGGUGAGCAAGUCCCCGGAGGUGUGCGGGGGCGGGGCCGGGCCGGGGGCGGGGGCCGCCGCCCGGCCCUACCUCCUGAGCGGGGCGGCCGCGGACAAGGUGAGCUCCUCGCCCUUGAACUGCGUGGGCAUGCACGGCAACUUCUCCGUGGGGCCCUACUUUGCCCCCCCUUGGAACAGCAUCCUGGUCACCCCCAACAGCGACUGUUACAACCCCGCGCCCGAGCUGGGCCCGGGCGCCCGGGAGCUGGCGGUGCACCCGACCGACGGGCUGUCGGGCCUCCCCAGCAAGACGGUCUGCAACACGUCCAUCCUGAGCAGCAGCCUGCAGUCGCUGGAGUACCUCAUCAACGACAUCCACCCGCCCUGCAUCAAGGAGCAGAUGCUGGGCAAGGGCUACGAGACUGUGUCGGUGCCCCGCCUCCUGGACCACCAGCACGCCCACAUUCGCCUGCCCGUCUACAGAUAAGGGCCGGGGGGGCUCUGGUCCGGACCGACAGACGAGGAGGGCGGGGAAACGGGCCGGCAGCGGGGGCCCGCGGGCCGCCCUCCCGUAGGGGUCCCGCCGCGCCCCGCAGCCCCCGAGGGGCGGGGCCGAGGGCCGGAAAGCUGCUUCCGGGGCGGCCGGGAGAGCCCGAGAGGCUUUGGACUGAAGCUCCCGGGCCGGCCGGGCGGGAGGGACGGCUCGACCUCCUGAGCAUCCGAAGCGGUGGG